GGCGGGGCCAGCGGAGCAGGGGCGUCACGUGACGCGGCAUGGAGGCGGCGGCGGCUGAGGCGAAGAGCCUCGUCCUGAGGAGCCGAGGGCGGCCGCGGAGGCGACGCGCGGAGGGGCGUUAAGCGGAGGCCUGAGGCGGCUCUUGCCGGGCGGAGGCGGCGGCGGCGGCGACGCGGACGACGACGACGGCGGAGGGAGCGGCCCGCCCGCCAUGGACUGAGGGGAGCGACGACGCCAUGGGCAACAAGGAGUCCCGCAUCGGCUUCCUCAGUUACGACGAGGCCUUGCGAAGGGUGACGGACCUAGAACUGAAACGGCUGAAAGAUGCCUUCAAGAGGACCUGUGGCCUCUCCUGCUACAUGAGCCAGCAGUGCUUCAUUCGGGAUGUGCUGGGAGAUGGAGUCCCUCCAAAAGUGGCAGAGGUCAUCUACUGCUCUUUUGGCGGCACGUCCAAAGGCCUGCACUUCAAUAACUUGAUUGUGGGCUUAGUCCUCCUGACAAGGGGUCGAGAUGAAGAGAAAACAAAAUACAUUUUCAGCUUGUUCUCCAAUGAAUCUGGGAGCUAUGUUGUCCACGAAGAGAUGGAGAGGAUGCUCCUUAUGGUUGACGGGAGGGUCCCAGAGUCUCUCAAGAAAUGUUUCUCUGAGGGCGAAAAGGUAAACUACGAGAAGUUCCGAAACUGGCUGUUGUACAACAAAGAGGCCUUCACGUUUUCCCGCUGGUUGCUGUCUGGUGGGGUGUACGUUACGCUUACGGAUGACAGCGACACCCCCACCUUCUAUCAAACGCUUGCUGGUGUCACGCACCUGGAAGAAUCUGAUAUCAUUGAUCUCGAAAAACGGUAUUGGCUCCUAAAAGCUCAAUCGAGAACCGGGCGCUUCGACUUGGAAACUUUUGGACCCUUGGUUUCCCCACCGAUUCAUCCGUCUCUGAGCGAAGGUCUGUUUAAUGCCUUUGAUGAAAACCGUGACAAUCACAUAGACUUCAAAGAGAUAUCUUGUGGACUUUCAGCCUGUUGCCGGGGACCGGUGGCCGAAAGACAGAAAUUUUGCUUCAAGGUUUUCGAUAUUGACCGGGACGGUGUUUUGUCUCGUGUGGAACUUGAAGAAAUGAUGGUCGCCCUUUUAGAAGUUUGGAAGGAUAAUCGGACGGAUGACAUUCCUGAGAUGCACACAAACAUUUCUGACAUCGUAGAAGCGGUUCUCAAGACGCACGACAACACCAAGCUUGGUCACCUCACCCUGGAGGAUUAUCAGAUCUGGAGCGUGAAGAGCGCUCUUGCCAACGAAUUCCUGAACCUACUCUUUCAGGUGUGCCAUAUCGUCUUAGGUUUACGACCUGCUACUCCCGAAGAGGAAGGGCAGAUCAUAAGGGGAUGGUUAGAGCGGGAAAGCAGGUACGGCCUCCAGCCGGGACACAACUGGUUUCUGAUCGCAAUGCCGUGGUGGCAACAGUGGAAAGACUACGUCAAAUAUGACGCAAGCCCCGUUGUGAUCGAGCCUUCAUCCGUACUGAACGGAGGCAAGAACCUGCGACCAGGUCCCAGUUCCCGUACAGCGGAUCAGGGAGAAGACAAAGCGAGCGGCGUAAAUUACGUUGAAGAAAAGUUUUCAGAUAACAUUUCCUCCGCGUCGGAAGCCUCCGAGACCACCGGCAGCAAUUUCCUUCACGGAAGCAGCCCUACUACUGAGAUGUGCUUUGCCCGCCAGCUGAACUCUUCGGACAACAACAACCAGUGCCUACUUGGCUCGAACGGGAAUGUGUUACUACAGCUCAGUCCGCAGCGGCCGGGAGCCAUUGAUAACCAGCCACUGGUCACGCAAGAUCCCAUGAAGGCUCCAACGUUGACUCUGGAAGGCGGCCGACUCAAACAGUCCCCGCCGUUGGUUCAAGGGAAAAGUUACGAAAUUGUCCCGGAGCCGGUGUGGAGGGCGCUUUAUCAUUGGUACGGUGCAAACCUGUCUUUACCCCGGCCGGUGAUUGUCAACAAUGCAACCCGCCACCCCGAACUGGAGCUCUUUCCGCGCUACCUGCUCUUCUUGCGCCAGCAGCCGGCCACCCGGACGCAGCAGUCCAACAUCUGGGUGAACAUGGGUAUGAUGAGCCUGAGAAUGUUUCCUCAUCAGUUGCCGAGAGGGAACGUGCCCUCUCCCAGUGCCCCCUUGAAGCGGGUCUUGGCCUACACGGGCUGCUUCAGCCGCAUGCAGACAAUCAAGGAGAUCCACGAAUAUCUCUCGCAGAGGCUGCGGAUCAAAGAGGAGGACAUGCGCCUGUGGCUGUACAAUAGCGAGAACUACCUUACGCUUCUGGACGAUGAGGACCACACGCUGGAGUACCUAAACAUCCAAGAUGACCAACACUUAAUUAUAGAAGUUCGGAACAAAGACAUGAGUUGGCCCGAGGAGAUGUCCUUUAUCGCAAACAGCAGCAAAAUAGAUCGGCAUAAAGUCCCGACGGAAAAGGGGGCCACGGGUCUGAGCAACCUGGGCAACACCUGCUUCAUGAAUUCCAGCAUCCAGUGUGUCAGCAACACACAGCCGCUCACUCAGUAUUUCAUCUCAGGCAGACACCUGUACGAGCUCAACAGGACAAAUCCGAUAGGAAUGAAGGGACACAUGGCCAAAUGCUACGGCGAUUUGAUCCAAGAGCUGUGGAGUGGAACGCAAAAGAACAUUGCCCCUUUAAAGUUACGGUGGACGAUAGCCAAGUACGCGCCUCGCUUUAACGGCUUCCAGCAGCAAGACUCUCAGGAGCUCCUGGCAUUUCUCCUGGACGGCCUCCAUGAGGAUCUGAACCGAGUCCAUGAAAAGCCCUACGUAGAACUGAAGGACAGCGAUGGGCGGCCCGACUGGGAGGUGGCUGCGGAGGCCUGGGAGAAUCACCUGCGGAGGAACCGUUCGAUCGUGGUGGACUUGUUCCACGGGCAGCUGAGGUCUCAAGUCAAGUGCAAGACCUGCGGCCACAUCAGCGUGCGCUUUGACCCCUUCAAUUUCUUAUCCCUGCCCCUCCCGAUGGACAGCUACAUGCACAUAGAAAUCAUAGUCACUAAGUUAGACGGCACGACCCCCGUUCGGUAUGGUCUGAGGCUGAACAUGGACGAGAAGUACACCGGGUUGAAAAAGCACCUCAGCGACUUGUGCGCCUUGAAGCCGGAGCAGAUCCUCCUGGCGGAAGUACACAGCUCCAACAUCAAGAACUUUCCGCAAGACAACCAGAAGGUCCGGCACUCGACCAGCUCCUCUUUGUGCGCGUUUGAGAUCCCAAUCCCUGGAUCCCCCACAUCGACUUCUUCGAGUCCUGUUCAAACAGAAUUCCACAACGGACAGCCGGCCAAUGGGGUGAUUGGGGGGCUGAUGAACGGGGACCUUCCCCGGUCCACCUUGAUCCCGAACGGGAUGCCCAACACGGUGGUGCCCUGCCGGAUGGAGAACGGCCUCUCCAACGCCAUGCCCAACGGCCACGCGCUCUCGCCUUCGGACAGCCCCUUCACCGGAUACAUCAUUGCCGUCCACCGGAAAAUGAUGCGGACAGAGAUGUACUUCCUUUCGGCUCAGAAGAACCGUCCCAGCCUCUUUGGCAUGCCCCUGAUUGUCCCCUGCACCGUCCACACGCGGAAGAGGGACUUGUAUGACGCUGUGUGGAUCCAGGUGUCCCGGCUUGCCAGCCCCCUCCCUCCCCAAGAGGCCAGUAACCAUGCCCAAGACUGUGAUGACAGCUUAGGUUACCAGUACCCCUUCACCCUGCGAGUGGUUCAGAAGGACGGCAACUCCUGCGCUUGGUGCCCCUGGUACCGGUUCUGCCACGGCUGCAAAAUCGACUGCUCCGAAGAGAGGGCUCACAUGGGCAACGCCAACCUCGCCGUCGACUGGGACCCCACGGCACUCCAUCUUCGCUACCAGACCUCACAGGAACGGAUAGCGGAGGAGCACCGGAGUGUGGAGCAGAGCCGCCGGGCCCAGGCCGAGCCCAUCAACCUGGACAGCUGCCUGCGGGCGUUCACGGGCGAGGAAGAGCUGGGCGAGGACGAGAUGUACUACUGCUCCAAGUGCAAGACCCACUGCUUGGCCACCAAGAAGCUGGACCUGUGGAGGCUUCCUCCCAUCCUGAUCAUCCACUUGAAACGCUUCCAGUUCGUCAACGGCCGCUGGAUCAAAUCCCAGAAAAUUGUCAAAUUUCCCCGUGAGGAUUUCAACCCGAGUGCCUUCCUGAUGCCGCGGGACCCCAGCUGCUGGGCGCAGAAGCCCGUGGCCCUGCCGCCCGAGGACCUUUCGGAGCCCCAGGCCCUGGCGGAGGAGUGCCGGAGGGCGGAGGUGCCGGCAAACACAUCCGGGGAAGGGGACGCCACGGCCAGGAGCCCCUCCUCCCUCGGCGCUCCCAACAUCCUCAACGACAUCAAAGGCUCCCCGUCUUCUGGCAGGAAGUGUGCCUCCUCCUCCUCCUCCUCCUCCUCCGGUUGCCCCUCGAAUAAAAACAUUAGCCCGACCGGGAGCCCCAGGACUUUGGGCCGGAGCAAAGGAGGGCGUCUCCGGCUGCCUCAGCUCUGCAAAAACAAACUCUCCGGCAGCAAGGAGGACCUGGACCUGGGCCGAGGAGAGAACGGGCCGGACCCGGAGGCCGGAGAGGGCGAGCUCUGCGCCCCUCCCGAGGCCGAGGGGACUUUGGCCAACGGCUACCUUUGCCAGCAGAACUCCCACAGCAGCGGAAGCAUCGACGGACAGCUGGACGCCCACGGACAGGAGGAGGAGGAGGCGGCCGAGGACCAAAGAGGAGAGAUCUGCGCAAACCCCAUCUACAACCUUUAUGCAAUUUCGUGCCAUUCAGGAAUUAUGGGAGGAGGUCAUUACGUCACAUAUGCCAAAAACCCCAACGACAAAUGGUACUGUUAUAACGACAGCAGCUGUAAGGAAUUGCAUCCGGACGAAAUUGACACGGACUCUGCCUACAUCCUUUUCUACGAGCAGCAGGGGGUCGACUAUGCACAAUUUUUGCCAAAGACGGAGGGCAAGAACAUGGCGGACACGAGCAGCAUGGACGAGGACUUUGAGUCGGACUACAAGAAGUACUGCGUCCUCCAGUGAGCGGGUCGGCACCUGCGGACAGCGGUUUUUAAUCCAAGCAGAAGAGCUCGGCGCCGCUUUUAUUUCGUUUUUAUUCUUUCCCUCUUGUGACCGGAAAGCACAACUAGGAGAAGAGGAAAUUGAAAAAUUACCCUAAGUAAUUAAAUAGCCGUUCCCCUGAUGAGAGAGUAUUGCUUUUCAUCAGACCGCGUGGGACAUUUGUCUUCUCACCGACCCUCUAAACAAACAAAACAAAACCAUAUUGGUCAUUUAUCUAUCUCUGACUUAAGACCAAGCCCGUUUAAGUUUCAGGUAACCCAACGUUAACCAUUGUUAAGCUGUUUGGGUUGGGUUUUUUAUUUUACAAAUAUAUUCAUAGGAAAAGUCUGAGAGCGGGGAUCAAUCACCCUUUGGACGCUCUCUCCAGAUCUAAAGAUGAAUCAACUUGUAGUGUUGUCUGUCGACGGCAUGAACCGGCUACCUCCUUUUAUUUUUCUGGUGUUUCAUUCUCUUUUUCAGCGAGGAAGGCUAAAAAAUAUAGGCCACAUGCACAAAAGCCUACAUCUUUAGGAAGAUUUUAAUCCCAUUGGCAUGCCAUUGGGAGCUUCCAUGUCACGGGGCAGCGGAUUCACUUUAGGCUUCAAAGGAGGUUCCUGAAAUAGUUUCCGCUCCUUGGACGAGUCCUUCAAAGCCUUCAGCAGACCCUAAACAGGCCACUGACACCACCGCUACUUGGAGGUAUUAGAAGUCAGUUGUGAUCUUAUUUAGGACUGAAAUUGUCACAAGUGUUGUCUCAGGUUGUGGACUUGAUGUUCUAGGUUGGCUUGGAGCAAGUGUCCUCUCCUUGAAGCGGCUUCUGGAAGUGGAAGGGAAGUCAGAACCAGGAGGAAAUUGUCCUAAACCUUGGGUCCCAAGUUACUAAAAGUUUCUCUGAAAAUGAGAAAUGUGCUCCACAUAUACCACCACUUUAACAGGCAUAACCGCAGGGGAGGUUUGGAAGGUAGGCAUGUCUAGGUAAGAAGGAAAUCAGGUUUAAUUUUGUUGCCAAUUGUAAGGUUUAUCGUUCAGAAGUUCGUCUUGGAAAGGAGUGGGGAGAUGGAACAUGAAAUCCCACCAAAAGAUCACUGAAGUUUCCUUGCGCCAAGCCCUUGAAGGGAGAAAAUUGUCCCAUCGUCCAGUAAAAUUCCCCCUUUAUAGACCGUAUUUUGUUAAAGGGCAGAUCUGUAGUCAGACCAAUUUAUUUACUACUAUAAUGCAUUACAGUAGAGUUCCAGUUAUCCGACGUACCGUAUUAUCCAUGUGGCCCAGAGUUCUUGCUGGAGGGACAAGAUUUUUUAUUCCGGAUUUUUUAUCCCGGCAAGCACCCAGCACAUUGGAGAAGUCCACUGCAUGUUGCUAAUCAUCAUAAUUAUUAUUAUUUAUACCCCGCCUCCACCUCCCCUGAAGGGGACUCGGGGUGGCUUACAGAUAAUACCAGAUUAAAAACAAUAACAAUAUACAUCAAUAAACAAAGAACAUACACAAAUUAUAAAGUUUUAAACAUCAACCUAUAGAAAUAAAAAAAACACAACUUAAUACAACAUGGAAUUAAAAACAGCGAGGUUAUGAUAAUAGACUAAGUAAAGUGCACAUUAUAAAAGUUGUAAACUCAAGAUAACAAAGUGCUGCAAAUUUGUUGGAGAUCAAUUUGGGAUGGGAGAGGCAGCAACACGCAUUUAUGUUGGAUAACCGGAACUCUACUGUCAUUUGAAACAUUAAACAUCCCAAUGGACAGGCCUGGUUUGUGCUUUGGAUAACCUUGUGGUCACCUCCCACCAAACGUUGUUUUUGAGCAGCAAAAGAAAACGAAAAUCCCCCCGUUUCUAGUAAAGAUUCCUCUCCAGACCUUUCAGUUCUUAUUACACUUUGAAGCAUCUGCCUCCAAAUGCUUCUGUUGGAAGUGUUUGGGACCAAAUCCCUGGUUUGGCUAAGCCCAAUUCCCUUGUUCCUUCCCAGCCGCUGCCACUCAUGAUGAAGAUACUACGGGUUGUAACUCCAAAUUGGAGACUAUGAUGGCCAAAUGGAGCGUUAUUUUUAAAAACUGGAAACAAAGGCACUGCUCUUGCUAAAUUCUUAAGGCAUUUUGGGCAUUUGGAUCCUAAAUUCUUUGGGCAUUUGGAUCCCUGUGAACCUUGCCUAGUGUUUUCGGACUGCCGCUCUCCACAAUCUCUCAAGUAGUGAGAGAUGAUGGGAUUUGUAGUGUGGGAAGGUAAACCAUUUUUCAAAUAAUCUAAUGGCCUACGUCUCGGCCAAAGUGAACAAUAGGGCGGUACAGUGCAAUGUUUUUGGACUUAAUUCUUUGGACUUAAUUCCCCGAAGGAAUUGUAGGAUGAAAUAUCGAGAUUUCGGGAUCCGUUGUGGAAAGCCAGUCCAGCCCAGUUGUCCCAUAAGUGGUAGCGAUGGAUUGUCAAACUACGUCUCUUCCAGAAGCUAAAUCUGACUCUCGUCCAGCUAUGAAGUGUCACAUUUUCAUUUUAAAACUUUGCCAAAACAGUGCGUGACCAGGCAACCUCAAUCCCUUUCCCCCUUAUUGAGAGAGUGUACUUCCCGUCAUGCAUUUCUCUCUCGUUUUCCCGACAUCGUCAAUCCAUUUUUUAAAAAACAAUUUCUUAAUUUAAGAUCUCUUUUGCGCGCCUCCUUUCCUUCCUCUUCUUUUGUCGCGGCUUCUGUUCCAGCACAAUCUACUAACGCCGUUCUCAUUUGUCGGGCUUUUGUUAUACCUCGGUUGUAAUUAUUGUUACUAUUUUUUUAAAGAAAAGAAAAAACAAAUUUAAAUUAAUUCCUAAAUCUUCACCAGAAACUUUAUUGCUAUUAUUAUUAUUAAGUUAACUUGUUAACCACAUUCAGCUUUGUAAAUUAUUGUAUAAAACUUAUUGACAAUGCACUGAAUUUAGAAAGACCCUGUACAUACGUACCGUGUAAAUAAUAAUUAAAAAAUAUUAAUGUAUUGGGAUAUGAACUGUAUAAAAAAAAGAAGUCUGAGUAACUGUAUAUGGAGUGAAUCUGUUUAUCUGUAACUAUAUUAUCCCGACCAAUUAAAUACUGUGGAUGCA